AUGUCCGCCGGCGCUGCAGUGGCCUCGCAGCCGCUGCCUUUGUCCUCUUCGGGCGGCAAGAAGGCGAACGCGCGGCCGGUCUCCUCGCCGUCUCUCGCCUUCUCUUCAGCCUCUUCGGCGGCAGGCGUCCUCGCGCUGCUCCACGAGCGCGAGCCCGCCUUGCAGGCUGCGGCGCUUCACCGCCUGCUUGAAAUGAUUGACUUGUGGUGGACGGAGAUCGCAGACUACCUCGCCGACAUCGAAGCUCUCUACGAAGAUGAGACCUUUCCAGAGCGGCAGCUUGCGGGCUUCGUGGCCAGCCGCGUGUAUUUCCACUUGGAGGAGUACGGCGAGGCAACGAAGUUCGCCCUCGGAUCGGGGAAGUGGUUCGAUAUCACCAAAGAGUCUCUCUACGUCCAGCGCAUCUUGAGCGAGUGCGUAGAUACCUUCAUUCAAACCGGCCUGCAAGAAUUCGGCCGCCAGCAGCUCGCGGCAGGGCGCCAGGUGUCAAUCCAGCUCUCGGAGGAAGUCAACAUGGACGAUGGCCAAGCAGGCUCGGCGGCGCUGAACGAGGCAAUUGAGGACGUUGUGAAGCGCCUGUUGCAAGUCUGCGUGGAGCAGAGGGGCGACGGAGCGCUUUACGCCUUGGGGGUGGCCUUCGACGCGCGGCGGCUGGAUCUCGUCCGCGCAGUCUUCAACGCGCAGCGAGCUCUCGCGCUCCCGCCCACAAAUCCCAACUCGAAGUUCCAGCUGAUGCUUCACUGCCUGGAUCACCUCCAGACGCUCAUUUCCUCCAAGUGUUUCCGGUCGCAGGUAGUCUCGCUGCUGACUGCGGAGUUCGAGGCACUGCUGCCGGUCUACGACUCAGUGGGCGGCGCGGCGGACGCGGAGAACGCGCUGAGUCGUGAGCAGCGCGCGGAGAUCUGCGGCCUUCUCUACUCCGCACUGUGCCGCUGCCUGGUGCAGCAAGACGACAGCGGCCGCAUCGCAGAGCUCCUCGCGCAGCUGCUUUCCCCUGAGACCGAGGAGACGAACCGCGCCGAUGAGGGCCUCCUCACGGCUUGCCAGAUCGCUUUCGACAUUUUGCAAAUGGAGCGCCAGUCCUUCCAGCAGGCCCUCCUCGACCAUCCGCUGAUGCGCGCGCCGCAGGCCGCAGACGCCUCGGCGCCCAGCGCGGCGGACUCUGUUUCUUCCGCUGUGGCCUCUGGGGAGGCGGGCGCAGCUGCCACAGUGAACGGCGAGGCAUCCGCGACCGAGCCGAAGGAAGCCAAGGAGAAGGAAGAAGAGUCUGAGGAGGAGAGGAAGAAGAAGCUCCUGAGAUACAUUCUGAGUGGAGAGGCACAGAAUGCGUUUAUCCAGCAGUUUUUGCAGCGCGAGAAUCAUGCGGAUCUCAUGCUCCUUGAUCUCUACAAACGCUCAAUCGACUCUCGGUCUUCGCUGCUCCACCAUGGCGUCGUACUCAGCCACAUGCUCAUGCAAGCAGGGACUUCUUGCGACGUGUUUCUGCGCUGCAACCUCGACUGGAUGGCGCGCGCGAGCAACUGGGCGCGGUUUUCUGCCACGGCCUCUCUCGGUGUCGUGCACAAGGGGCACGUGCGCGACAGCAUGAAGCUCCUACGGACGUACCUGCCCACCGCCUCGUCGUCGAGUGCGUCCUCUUCGCCCUACAGCGAGGGCGGCGCGUUCUACGCGCUUGGGCUGAUCAGCGCCAAUCAGCCCUCGGCCUCUGUGCGCGAGUACCUCCUUCAGCAGCUGCAGGCAGCCGGCACCGCUAGCGAGCCGAAGCAGCAAGGCUGCUGCCUCGGCUUGGGUCUCCUCUGCAUGGGCUUCGCAGACGACACCGAGGUCUACGAGGCACUGAAGCAGGUGCUUUUCCUCGACAGCGCCGUGGCGGGCGAGGCCGCGGCGCUCGCCGUCGGGCUCUUGUUGCUGGGCAGCGCGAACGCAGCCGCAGUCAGCGAGCUGCUCGCCUACGCACAGGACACGCAGCACGAAAAAAUCCGCCGGGCGUGCGGAGUCGCGAUCGCGCUCCUCGUCUUCAAGAAAGAAGAAGAGGCGGACGCUCUGAUUGAUCAACUCUGCAAGGAGUGCGAUCCUCUCAUUCGCUACGGAGGCAUGUUCACGAUUGCCAUGGCCUACUGCGCCACAGCGAACAGCAGCGCCAUCCGCCGCCUUCUUCACGUGUCAGUCUCAGACGUCAGCGACGACGUGCGACGAGCUGCCGUCAUCGCCCUCGGUUUCGUCCUCUGUGGAGACAAGCAGCAGCUGCCGCCGAUUCUGAAGAUUUUGAGCGCGUCCUUCAACCCGCACGUCCGCUACGGCGCGGCACUCGCCCUGGGGCUAGCCUGCUCAGGCACCGGUCAGAAGGACGUCGUCGAUCUCCUCCUUCCUCUCGCCAACGACUCCACCGACUUCGUUCGACAAGGAGCGUUCAUCGGCCUCGGGCUGGUCCUUCAGCAGGUGACUGAGGCCGCAUGCAGCGAGGCGGCCUCUGUGCGGCAGCUCUUCCAGCGGGUGAUUGCGGACAAACACGAAGACGUCAUCGCGCGCUUCGGCGCGCUCCUCGGAUCGGGGCUUAUCGACGCAGGCGGUCGCAACGUGGUCGCCUCGAUGUUUUCGGCGAGCGGCGUUCUGCGGCAGGAGGCUGCGGUUGGUUUCUGUCUGGCCUUCCAGCUGUGGUACUGGUAUCCGCUGAUACACACGAUAUCUCUCUCGUUCUCAUCCUGUGCGCUCAUCGGCCUCACCGUCUCCCCGGCGCCGAGUCUGAAGAAGGACGUGAAGGCAAAGGACGCCAGCGAGAGAGCUGAAGAAGACAAUAAGGGGGGAGAGAAGAAAGAAACAGAGGGAGAGAAGAAGGAGGAGGGAGAGAAAGAGGAGAAGAAAGAGAAAGAAGAGGAGAAGGACGAGAAGGCGGGUGCGGAGAGCGGCUCGGCGUUGGUGAAGCGAGAGACGGAGGAGCAGGAGGCGUCGGAGAAGAGCGAGGUCAGCCGCGCAGGACUCAGCAAGCUGCGCAUGCCGGCUGGCUGGACGGUGACCUGCGCGGGAGGCAAGCAGUCGCAGUUCGCCUACUGGCCGUCACUGGCGAGCUUGGAGAAGAAGGAAGGCCGAAAACAAACCGUCAAGGCGAUUCUCAGCACAACUGCCAAGCGGAACAGAAAACUCCAGGAGCAGAAAAAGAAGGAAAACGAAGAGAAAAAGAAACAGGACGGCAAAGCCGACGAGAACGUGAAGACGGAAGACGCGAUGGACGUUGAGGAGGAGGCUGCGAAGGAAGCGAAGACCGACGCGGAAGCGCCUAAGAAACCGGAAGACGGAGGUGCCAUGGACUUCGACUUUGACGAGAAGGGAGACGUCGGGAAGAGCAAGGAGAAGCCUAAGAAGGCAGAGGGAGACGAAGCGAGCAAGGAGGUUCCGAAGGAGGUCGAGUUGAAGAAUCCGUGCCGCGUGCUGCCCCAGCAGCAGCCGUUCAUCCAUCUGCAGCCGCACUCGCGCUACCAACCGAUCUUCCCCGGAAGAAAGGCAGGCUUUGUUCUCCUCCGCGACACAAAGCCUACGGAGCCCGAUGAGUUCUUGGAGCCGAAGGGCGAGACGCCGGCGGAGGAGCAGCAGCCGGCAGAGGAAAAGGAGCCGGAGGCGUUCACGCCGUUUGAGUGGUCGGGCUGA